CAGCUGCGUCCCGGGCUCGGUCACCGCUGUCUGCGUGUCUGGAAGCACCGGGAGCGUCGCGGUGCGCAGUCCGAGGUCGGCCACCAUGGAGGCGCAGGCACAAGGGUUGUUGGAGACGGAACCAUUGCAAGGGCGAGAUGAAGACGCAGUAGCCAGUGCGGACUUCUCUAGCAUGCUGUCUGAGGAGGAAAAAGAAGAGUUAAAGGCAGAAUUAGUUCAGCUCGAAGACGAAAUUACAACAUUACGGCAAGUUUUAUCAGCAAAAGAAAGGCAUCUGGUUGAAAUAAAACAAAAGCUGGGCAUGAACCUGAUGAAUGAAUUAAAACAGAACUUCAGCAAAAGCUGGCAUGACGUGCAGACCUCUACUGCCUACAAGAAAACACAUGAAACCCUGAGUCACGCAGGGCAGAAGGCAACUGCGGCUUUCAGCAAUGUUGGGACGGCCAUCAGCAAGAAGUUUGGAGACAUGAGGUCUCACUCCAUCGGCUACUCCAUUCGCCAUUCCAUAAGUAUGCCUGCUAUGAGGAAUUCUCCUACUUUCAAAUCAUUUGAGGAGAGGGUUGAGACAACUGUCACAAGCCUUAAGACGAAAGUAGGCGGGGCGAACCACGGCGGAGGCAGCUUUGAAGAGGUGCUCAGCUCCACGGCGCACGCCAGCGCGCAGAGCUCGGGGGGCGGGCCCCGGCGGGCCGAGGAGGAGGAGCUGCAGUGCUAGGGCCGCCCCCUGCAGCCGCCGCCGAGCCCCGCCCCCGCCCAGCGCGCCCUCGGAUGUGGCGACCAAGCACCCACUGCGAAAAACCCAGGCCUUGACCUGUUCUUCGAAUGGCCCCACCGCGGAGUUUCAUAAAAUGAUUUCCAUUUUGUAUGUGUGCUAAUGAUGAACCACUUGACCAUCACACUUAAGUAUUCGUAGAUUGUCAUAAUUUAAAAUAUCCCCACUUCAGCAGAUACACAAUUGACCAUACCUUUGUCUUUGUGUAAUUCAACGUGUAUUUCCCGUAGCUAUUAAUGACCUGCUUUGAUUUUUGCUUGGACUUAUGAUGUGCAUGUUUUUGAAGGCUGAGGGUGAGCACCCCCUUUCAGUUCAGUCACAUGGGCGGGAUGGAGCUCUUUCUGAGAAGUCUGCAGCAACGGGAUGGACUCACUGCAAGUUUCAUCAAACUGCUUGUGAUCGCCCUCACUUGCAUCAAUUAUGUAUGUUUAUUUAAGCAAUUAAAAUCGAUUUUAAUGAUGA